CUACAACUCCCCAAUCUUGAGCAAUGAACCCCUUCAAAUCUCCCCUCAUAACGCCCGCCGAAUUUUAUCACAAUGCGGAAACAUACAAUGCCGCGAAGCAUAGGCGGAUUGUCCCCUUAGCAGCCUACCGUCCCACGCUCCACUCGUCCUUCGAAUCCUUCUACCUUCCAGGCUCAAAGUUCUUCAACCUCGACCAAAUUCGCGACACCACCUCUCCCUACCCUUCCAUGCUUCCCUCACCUUCCCUCUUCGCUGCUGCAAUGACUGCCCUCGGUAUUCGCAAGGAUGAUAUUCUAGUGAUCUACGAUGCAGAUGAGAUAGGCACGUACCAUGCCCCGCGACUGGCGUUUAUGUGUGAGCUAUUUGGGCAUAAGGAUGUUCAUGUCUUGAAUAACUUCAGGCAGUAUGUGCGGAUGCAGCUGCCCGUAGGUUCCGGGUCUGAGGGGAUAGAGAUUCCAAUAAUGGGAACUAGAGGAGAACAAGGUGAUGAGUAUGCCGUGGAAGAGAAGGAUCUUGAUACCGGAAGGGUAAUAGCGUUUGAGGAGGUAAAGGACGUUGUUGUUGGGAGGGACCAGGAGAAGGUGAGGAUUGUCGAUGCGAGGAUACCAGGUCGGUUUCAAGGUGUACAGCCGGAAAUGAAUCCAAGUUUGAGGUCCGGGCAUAUUCCUGGAGCGGUCAAUGUGCCAUUGGCUAGUCUAUUGGAAGAUGAGACUGGGAUGAUACUAGCUCCUGAGAAAUUGAGGGGUGUCUUGAUGGAUGCGGGCGCGUUGGCGGAGGAAGAUGAGGGAGUGCCGUAUAUUCUGACGUGCAAUUCGGGGGUUACGGCUGCAUCACUAGAUCUAGCUUUGAGGUUGGUUGGGGCGAAGGGAUCCAGAAGGGUGUAUGAUGGUAGCUGGAUGGAGUGGACGAGGAGGGUAGGGGAUGAAUUGAUUGAGGUUUCGUAG